AUGAUGUUGUCCCCUCUUGUAUUGACGUUGAGCACUUUGCUUCCUGCACUAUCCGGUGCACAGCGCAUUCGCUCUGAUCCCGGUGUCGCUGGCCCAGCUCUUGAGAUUGUGCAUCUGUACAACGACCAAUGGCCUACCGGAAUCACCGUAUCGAAAGGCGGCCGCAAGUUCUCGAACUAUCCGGCAGGCCUAGAUGCUAAUAACACAAAUACGGGUACCAAUAACAAGUAUGCCGUGGCAGAGCUCACGACUAACGGCACCGAGACACCCUAUCCUAGCGUGGAGAUUAACAACCCGCCAAAUGGAGCUAUCAACUACACAACAACUCCGCCGACUGGUGCAAACUACCAGAAUUACCUCAUCGGCGUACAGAGCGUAGUCUUGGAUCCCCAAGAUCGCCUAUGGAUCUUAGAUACGGGACGCGCAUUGACUGAAGAUGGUACAUUAGUCAAUGCGUCUCCUGGCGGUCCCAAGCUUGUUGGAGUAGACAUUGAGUCUGACACAGUGAUUCAGACUAUAGUCUUCCCACCCACGGUAGCAUUCCCAGACUCGUACCUAAAUGAUGUCCGCUUCGACUUGCGACCUUCCGUCUCUGCUUCUGGCAAAGGAGUAGCCUACAUCACCGACUCAUCGUCUGAAGGCCGCAAUGGAAUCAUCAUCGUAGAUCUAGGCACAGGCGAGAGCUGGCGCCACCUCGAUGGUGCAAAGGAGACGAGGGCUGAGAGGGGGUUCGUUCCAUAUGUCUGGGGUCAACCGCUUUACUACAUUCCCGGUCCUGGUCAACCGCUUACCACUGUACCGUUGGGUAGCGAUGGUAUCGCCUUGUCAGCUGAUGGUGAAUACUUGUACUUUGGCCCCGUUGGUGGACGCACAUUGUACAGUAUCCCUACUGAGCGCCUACGGGACCGCAGUCAAGCUUCUGAGCUCUUGGCGCUGGGUGCCGUGAACAACAAGGGAGAAAGGGGUGUUAGUGAUGGAUUUGAGACGGACACCAAUGGCUUCAUCUAUGCGGGUAAUAUGGAGCAAAAUGAAAUCGGGUUUCACAACCCGAUGAACGCGUCUAUGACGCUGUUUGUGAGGGACCCAAGGAUUAGUUGGGUGGAUACCAUGUCUGUCGGAAGCGAUGGUUACCUUUACUUUACCGACAACCAGCUUGCCUUCAGCUCGGCCUUUUACCCUGGCACGGAUCGGAGGGAACGACCAUUUGUGCUAUUCAGGGCGCCUUUGCCUAAUAACGGUUCGAGGGUUUUCUUGCAGUAA